AUGGUUCGCCCUUUCGUCUUGGGGUGCAUCGGGGCGUUGGCGCGGGUAGGUAGCGGGGAUUUCAUAUCAACAGACUACCGCGAAUACAACGACGGAGCACUGGGCCAUCGACCACAUCAAGAAUUCCAUUCGAGCAGCGAGUAUGCGCCCAUUCUCCAAGUCAACAUCUGGGAUCCUGACGCCAUCUCCGACGUCGGCUCGCACAUCUUCCUCCGCCAUGACGGCAACGACUCCUCGCCGCUCUCCUCGCCGCUCAUUCUCGAUAGCCACGACCUCAGCGCCGUCUACAUGAACCGAUCGUUCAAGAACGUGUUCGGCACUCGUGUACAAGAGAACCUGGGGAAGAAGUACCUCACCUUCUGGGGAGGAGAGAAGGGCGACGGGAUCGGUGACGGGUACGGGCUGGCGUACGACGAGACCUAUCGGCUGGCUUACAAGAUCUCGGCCCAGAACAUCCAAGUACACAGCGACCUCCACGAGUUUGCAUUCACCGGCAACGGGACGGCGCUGGUCACGGGCGUCGACAAGAUUCGGGCUCGUCGGUCCGACUUGCAAGAAGGAUGGGAGACACCCGAGCGAUUCGAGGUUCUGAACGCUGUGUUUCAAGAGACAGACCUCGAGACGAACGACGUGAUCUUCGACUGGCGGGCACUCGAUCACAUCAACCCGAUGGACUCGUUCGAACCGAGGGGGAGCGGGUGGGAUGCAUACCACCUGAACAGUAUCCAGAAGACACAAGCCGGCAACUACCUCAUCUCUAUCCGCCACAUGCACGCCAUCUACCUCAUCAACGGCAAGACCGGCGAGAUAAUCUGGACACUAGGCGGCCCACAUAACGACUUCAUCGAGCUGCCUCCCGCCGCAGGCGUCGAUGAGCUCGCGCAACCCGUUCUGACAAUGGGCUGGCAGCACCACGCGCGUUUCGUCCCGGGGACUGACGAGACUCAGAUGACAUUUUUCGACAACCACGUCAAGGAGACAUCGCAUGGCGAAUGCGACUCGGACUGCUCGCGCGGCCUGCACAUCGCCAUCAACGACACCGCCUCGCCCCCGACCGUGCGGCUUCUGCAGGAGUUCCUGCAUCCGUCCCGCUUGCAGGCCCAGAGCCAGGGUAGCGUGCAGCCCCUCUCCCCAGUUCCCGGGAAUCUGGGCAACGUCUUCAUUGGCUGGGGCCGGUGUCCCACGUUCACGGAGCACACCUCUUCCGGUGACACGGUCCUGGACGUCCAGUUCUCGCCGUGGCACAGCGCGGAAAUCCCCGAUGCGCUCGACAACUACCGUGCGUAUAAAAUGGAUUGGACCGCAACGCCGUGGUGGGAUCCGGUCCUUGCACCGAGGAUGAACUCCCAGGGUGAGUUGGUCGUCUACGUGAGCUGGAACGGGGCGACGGAGAUAACGACAUGGGUGGUUCGGGGCGCGGCCCGUGAUCUGCCGGGCAAGAAGGGGCGGAUCAUCGCAGUGUCCCCACGGACGGGGUUCGAGACCAAGAUGGUGCUUGGGAGCACAGAGUGGCAGUAUCUGUGGGCCGAGGCCGUGGAUUGGAAGGGGAACGUAAUUGGGUCGACGGAGGUUGUCGAUUUGGCUACGACGGAGUUGUCGGUCGCCACAGAUAUGUACGAGUCGGAGGCAGUGUUUCCUCCACUUGAAACAGAGGAGACGAGGCCUGCUGCUGGGGUGUCGAAAUUAGUGGUCGCCUUGCUGAGUACCGGUCUGGGAGUCUUCGUCUUGGCAUUCAUUGCGGCCGUAGUCUUCUGGUGGCAUCGGUGCACCGACUAUCGUAGCCUGGAGGCCGCUGAUUUCGAUCUGGAGACAGAAUCUGAGCACGAAUAUAGUGAUGUUGACGCGGAGGGUAGCGAUGACGGCGUGGAGGGCGGCGAUCCGCAGUCAACUAGGGAUGAAGACAGUCGUGCCCUUCUUCCCAAGGCAGGGUGAGCAGGACACGUGCCAUUCCCGCUAGUCUCGCUGAACUCUUACACAUAUUUACCUUGCAG